GAACCGGCGGCGACUGGAGCGGCCAGGCGGGAAGGUUGGUUACUCGGCCAAGGGAAGUUCCCCCCCCACGCCUCAGCUGGGCCUCUGGGAAAGGACGCGGUGAGUCCCCGAAACCCCUAAACUAAAGACGUUAACGUCCGCAGCCCGGACCGGAUUUUGAUGAUCUGCAGUGAGUGACACUGUAAUUCCAUAAGCCUGGAAAUUAACAAAAACACUUUCUAAAACAUCAAAGUUAUUCUUAAGCACAGCCAUGGCUCGUGGACCCAAGAAACACCUAAAACGUGUGGCCGCUCCAAAGCAUUGGAUGCUGGAUAAACUCACUGGGGUGUUUGCCCCUCGUCCUUCCACGGGACCCCACAAGCUGAGAGAGUGUCUCCCUCUCAUAAUUUUUCUAAGGAACAGACUUAAGUAUGCUCUAACAGGAGACGAAGUGAAGAAGAUAUGCAUGCAGCGUUUCAUUAAGAUUGAUGGCAAGGUCCGCACUGAUAUAACCUACCCUGCAGGCUUUAUGGAUGUCAUCAGUAUUGCCAAGACUGGUGAAAAUUUUCGUCUUAUCUAUGACACCAAGGGUCGCUUUGCUGUCCAUCGUAUUACACCUGAGGAAGCUAAGUACAAGUUGUGCAAAGUGAGGAAGACCUUUGUAGGCACCAAAGGAAUCCCUCAUCUGGUGACCCAUGAUGCUCACACUAUCCGUUAUCCUGAUCCCCUCAUCAAGGUGAAUGAUACCGUUCAGAUUGAUUUGGAAACUGGCAAAAUCACUGAUUUCAUCAAGUUUGACACUGGUAAUUUGUGCAUGGUGACUGGAGGUGCUAACCUGGGAAGAAUUGGUGUCAUCACCAACAGAGAGAAGCAUCCUGGUUCUUUUGAUGUGGUCCAUGUAAAGGAUGCCAAUGGCAAUAGCUUUGCCACUCGCCUGUCCAACAUUUUUGUUAUUGGCAAAGGCAAUAAACCGUGGAUUUCUCUUCCUAGAGGAAAAGGUAUCCGCCUCACUAUUGCUGAAGAGAGAGACAAAAGACUGGCUGCCAAACAGAGCAGUGGGUGAAUUGUUUUCUAAAUGAUAAUUGAAAUAAAAAUUCUCCGUUGAAAUAAAACCUUAAUCUAAAAUAAAUACCUAAAUUUUUUUCUUGAAUAA